AUGUCGCGGCUAUAUAUCAGUGUUAUUAUUAUUGCAUUUUCAUCAAUCGCGGCUGGCUCUAGAAUCCUUGGGAUCUUUCCAUAUCCAGCUUACAGCCAUCAGGUGGUCUUCAGAGCGUACACGUUAGAACUCUUGAAACGUGGCCAUGAGCUGGUCGUUUUUACAACUUACCCGAUGAAAGAUUCGAAGUUGGCCAAUUACACGGAGGUCGACCUUAGUGCCAUAAAAAACGAGUGGAAGAACAGAAUAGAUUUCUUCCAAUUAGGGAAACAGGAAAAUGCGUGGUCAUUUGUGCGACUUGUGAUGCAUUUUGGGGAAGUGAUCAGCGAAUCGGUGCUCUCUCAUCCAGCAAUGCAAGAAAUUAUAGCCACAAACAGUACGCAGAAAUUUGACGUGAUCCUGAUGCAACAUCUGUUUUACGAUGCUCUAUAUGCACUAUCGAUUCAUCUUAACAUACCGAUGGUCGGUAUAUCGUCGCUUGAACUGUUGACUCUUCAUCGCCUUCACUUUGGAAACGAAAUAAUAAUGUCAUACGGACGAAGUGCACUAACUGGGAACCUAAUUGACAAUUUAUGGGAUCGAAUGUACGAAGCGUACUGUUCCUUGCGUAUCAUGUACAUGUAUAAGUACCUGAACCUACCAAUACAAGAGAAAGUUUUACGAAAACAUUUCGGCGAUAGUAUGCCUCCCAUUGAAAAACUUUCGAAUCAAAUGGAGAUAUUGUUAGUUAGUAGUCAUCCGUACUUUAGUGAACCUCAUUCACAUGUUCCGGCUAUCAUAUACAUCGGUAGAUGUCGUUUCGUAGAACUUUCCGGGAAUACAACUAUGUCUGAGGACCUCAAGGAGAUCCUGGACAAAGCAACGUCAGGUUUCAUAUACUUUAGUAUGGGUUCUAACGUAAAAAUUAGUCAAUUGCCAAUGAAAGUGAGAAACGCGAUAUUGGCAAGCUUCGCAGAACUACCCUACACAGUCAUCUGGAAAUCUGAGAUUGCUGUAGAUAACAAACCUAAUAACGUGAUCAUUAGGAAUUGGUUGCCUCAACAGGAAAUACUCGGUUAAUAUUUUAACCAAUAUUCGCGAAAUAUCAAGGAAUUAUAGCAGAACGCCAAUUACUCUGUUCAACAAAUUUAAAAUUUUUCCUACUUCAUAACCGUGAAUGGGUGUUCCUGAUAGAUCUUUAUGAACUGAAUACAAAUCUGCAAAUCGUUUUCU